AUGUCCAACAAUUCACGAGACGACUAUGUUGUACUGCGCUCUCCUACCAAGCAAUAUGCAAGCUUAAGCUCCCCUCGACAUUCUCAAGACUCGGAUGAUUCAUUACGAGCGUUGGAGAUCUCUCAUGACCCAAUACAAGGGCAGACGCGGCGUGGCCGCGCAUAUUCAUUCACUGGCUUUGAUUUCCAACAUGACCUGUUGCCGCUUAGUGCGAGUGUAACUGAACCCGGCUUUCAUUCGACAGAGGGGACGGAGAAGAGUGUGGGUCUAAUUAAUGGUAUUGCCUUGGUUGUCGGCCUUCAAAUUGGAUCGGGAAUUUUUUCAUCUCCUGGCGUGGUGGUAGCAAACGUCCACAGUGUAGGGGCCAGUCUCCUAGUAUGGCUUACAUCUGGUCUAUUGGCAUGGACAGGCGCAAGUAGUUUUGCGGAACUGGGAUCAGCCAUCCCGCAGAACGGAGGAGCUCAGGCAUAUCUCGCUUAUGCGUACGGUCCCCUCGUGUCAUAUCUGUUCGCGUGGACCGCCAUCAUCGCUUUGAAACCAGGAGGGAACGCGGUAAUCAGCCUCAUUUUCGCAGAAUACAUGAACCGCAUAUUCUGGAACCACACCAAAGAAGACGCUUCUCCCGACAGCAUACCGCAAUGGGCUAUCAAACUCGUAGCGGUGCUUGCGGUGGUGAUCGUGACUAUCAUCUGUAUCGCUGCCCAGAAGUUGGGUACGCGCGUGGCCGUUGUCUUCACUACCCUCAAGGUCAUCGCCUUGUUAUUGGUGACCGUCUUGGGCUUGGUGCAACUGGCUAGAGGAAAGGCUGCUUCCUCGUUCCAUGAGCCAUGGCUGAGCGGAUCAAGUACAAGCCCGUCCUCUUACUCUCUUGCGCUCUACUCCGGACUUUGGGCGUUCGAUGGCUGGGACCAGGCCAACUAUGUCGGUGGAGAAAUGCACCAUCCAGAGAAGAAUAUUCCCCGGGCAAUCCAUUCCAGUAUGAUCAUCGUGACGCUGCUAUUCCUGCUGGCCAACCUAUCCUAUUUUGUCGUUUUGGACAAGAACCUUGUCGGAUUGAGCAAUACGGUUGCAAUGGACUUUGGUCGUGCUCUUUGGGGUAAGGCUGGAGGCACUGUAUUUGCUCUGUUGGUCGCCAUCUCUUGCUUCGGUGCCUUGAACGGCUCUUUAUACACUUCUUCGCGGCUCGUUUAUGCUGCCGGCAGAGAAAGAUAUCUCCCAGCACUUUUCGGACGACUGCACACCACCCGGAAAACACCUAUCAACGCUGCUUUGCUUCAAUCAGCCAUUACCAUAACGUUUAUUCUAAUUGGCGGAGGCUUCCGUUCCUUAAUCAAUUUUUCUGUUGUUGCAUCUUGGGCUUUCUAUUUCCUCACUGUCCUUGGUCUUGUAAUUUUACGGUUUAAGGAACCAAUGCUGGAGCGUCCAUACCGAGUAUGGAUCACCACUCCUCUUAUAUUCUGUGGUGUCGCGCUUUUCUUGCUGUUGAUGCCAAUCAUCGCUGCUCCUUUGGAGGCAAUCGCUGUCCUCGGUUUCGUUGCAGCCGGCGUUCCUGUCUACUUCCUCACGCAGGUCGACGAAAAGCCUCGGAUAUUCGGAUUCUUCUCGGACUUGAUCGCGCGGAUACGAGGCAGACCGCCAUCCGCGGAUGGCUGGGAAGCUGUCGCGACGGAUGCAGAUGAAUUGGAGAUGACACAAGCCAAUACCCGGAGGUAG